UGCCUCCCUCCCUGGUCCUGCAGCCACAAUGGCCUCGCUCGUGUGAGGGUCUGGUGUCUGCAGAGACGCUCCUCCAGCAGCGGCCGCACUGACCAGGACACACACCUGGACCAGGACACGAUCCCGAGCCUAAGGUUAAAGUGGCAUCUGAAGCAGCUCUCUGGGGGCAGCCGUCAGUCAUCGUGAAUUCUUGAGGUCCUGUCUCUAUAGCAACCCAUUCCUGCUCCUGAGCUCUGCUGCCAACCAGCCCUCUCUGCCACGCGACAGUCACUGCUCGUCCUCCUGCCAAAUCAGCCGCUCCGAGUCGUGUCAGGAUGGACACCGAGUCGACCCACUCUGGCUACUCCUACUCCAGCCGCUCCGGGAGAUCCAACCGUCACGGAGAACGAAGCCGCGAGCGGCACAAAGCCAGCAGCAGCAAAGACAGCCGCUCCGAGAGGUCUGUCGUCAUCAACCCCCCCGACACGCCAUCCCAGGACUCCCCCGUCCACAACGGAGAGCCGCUGCCUGGAGAACCCACGCCAGCGGCCGAUCAGGGGGAUGAGGCCCAGGAUGAUAACUGGGGAGAGACCACCACAGCCGUGACCGGGACGUCAGAGCUCAGCGUCUCCCAGGAGGAAGUGGUGGGUCUGGGGAAGCAGAUACAGGACCGGACGCGGGACUUUCGCCGCUAUCUGCCCCUGGCCGUGGGCUCGUGUGUGGGGCUGCUGGUGGUGGCGACGCCGCUGGUCUUCCUGCUGCUGCCGCCGGUGGUGUGGCCCGACAGGCUGCAGACCUGCGGCGCGGCCUGCGAGGGCCUCUUCCUGUCCAUCUCCUUCAAGCUCCUCAUUCUGCUGGUGGCCAUCUGGGCCUUGUUCCUGCGGCCGGGCCGGGCCUGCCUGCCCAGGGUGUGCGUGUACCGGGCCUUCCUCACCACACUCACGCUCCUGCUCACCAUGUCUUACUGGCUCUUCUACGGGGUCCGGAUCCUGGACGCACAGGACGAGGACUACCACGGCAUCGUCCAGUUCGCCGUUUCCCUCGUGGAUUCCCAGCUGUUUGUCCACUACUUGGCGGUGGUGCUGCUGGAGCUCCGCCACCUCCGUCCCUGCUACAGCGUCUGCGUCAUCCGCUCCACGGACGGGGAGACGCGCCACUACAACAUAGGACAGCUGAGCAUUCAGAGGGCUGCUCUGUCUAUCUUGGAGUAUUACUACCGAGACUUCCCCCUCCACAACCCGGCCGUCCUCUCCGCCGCGAAGAACCGAUCUGCCAAACACCUGGCUGGGUUAAAGGUCUACAACGUGGACGCCCCGGGCAGCACGGCGGCGGCUCAGCCCAGUAAUGGAAAUCAGUCACGGGCCAUGGUUGCAGCUGCCACCAAACGCAAGGACAACGCUCACACCGAGCUGUACUACGAGGAGGCCGACUACGAGAGGAGGGUCCGCAAACGCAGGGCCAGGCUGGUAGUGGCGGUGGAGGAGGCCUUCACGCACGUCCGCCGCAUGAAGAAGGAGGAUGAGAACGCCGCACCAUCAGACAUCAUGGACGUCCGCGAAGCAGCUCUGGCCAUAUUUCCCUCCAUGGCUCGCGCCCUGCAGAAGUACCUCCGCACCACCAGGAGGCAGAACUGCCACAGCAUGGAGAGCAUCCAGAAGCACCUGGCCUUCUGCCUCGUCAACAACAUGAGCCCAAAGGCCUUCCUGGAGGUCUACCUGGCCCCCGGUCCAACCCUGCAGUACGGCCCCGAGCGCUGGAUGGCGGAUCAGUGGACUUUGGUCAGUGAGGCCUCUGUCACCAGCGGCAUCAAGGAGGGAUCAGAGUUCCUGCUGAGGUGUCUGGAUUUCAACCUGGCCGUCACCAUCAAGGGCAUCCCUUACAUCCGCCUGACCGAAGAGUUCAUCGACCCCAAGUCGCACAAGUUUAUACUGCUGCUCCAAUCAGAGACCUCGGUUUAGCGGCGCCGCGGCGGACUGACGCCGCUGCUCUGGACACAGAACUGCUGCUUUUAUCUGACUCAAUUUUUCUAAACUGACUUUUUGUACUGUUUUUUUUUUUGUUUUUUUUGUACUUAUGUGUCCGUAGUUUCCUCAUAGAGUUUCCUCAUCUCGUAUUUGUAACGGAGGACUUCAAAGCGACAAAUGACAGAAAAGAAGGUGAAAACGCGCUUGAAUUUCUCUGUUUGGUUAUUCCUCUAUGCACUACAGAUGACCUGCACCAACAUCCAUCCUGCUUUGUUUGCAUGUGUUAGUGUGCGCCUGUGUAGGAAGGCUUGGGAUUAAGGGGGAAUGUAUGAUUAUAAAAAGAAAAAUGUGUGUGGGCGGUGCAGUUUUCCUUUGAGGUGUACAGUAGGGGUCUGUGUAUGACGAUGCCACACAAACUGAACCCUUUUUACCAGAACUACUGCUUUUUUUAUUAUUAUUAUUAUUCGUAGCAGUCGUUAUUUAUAAUCGUCCUGGAUUUCAGAUAUAUGUACAGUAUUUAUAUGUGAAUACACUUUACCCUGCUAGACUUUUUAUACCAAAAUCAUGCAUCAUGCGUUUGAAUGAUUUAUUUUUUUCUUUGCUUUUUUUUACCUUGUGGAUCAACGUCGUAUUGUUUUCGAUUAUAAAUGCUGUCACCGAGGUCGUGUUUGUAAAUGUCAAACAAAUCACAGGAGUCCGGAGGACGAAAUGCCAACAACACUGCCGCUGAUUAAGGAGUCAUUAGAUCGUGAAGGAAAGCAACUGACUACCUGUGGUGUGUUUGUGUUCGUGCAGCUCAGAAAAAUGAUCUUUUGUUGGCCAGCAAAGCCAUAAGCCGUAAAUCUUUCAUGUGAAACUUUCACCUACUGUUCAAUGUCACCUUAAGGAAUUAAAAAUGGGUCCAAAGCUGAAUUCCUUCGGCUAAUAACUCCACCAACAACCUUAAAUGAUCUUUUAAACCAGAUUCCAAGGGAUAUGUUGAGGUUUUAGGAAGUGCUGCACACGUUUCCUCUUAAAAAUGAGUUAUUAGUCUUUUUUUUUUGCAGGCAACUGUUUAAGCAAGUGUUAAAAAUGAUUGAUGGCGUGUGAAUGAACUCAGCCCGUGUCAGUAUUCCUGCUGGCGGCAUUUCGUGUGUUUCACUGCUGCCACCUGCCGGCCACGACUGGAACUACCGGAUCAGACUGUUCAUUCAAAGGAAUAUUUGAUCUGUAUUUUUAAAACAUUUUGUAUUUAUGCGGCUUGUUGUGUCAUACCUUUUUUAAAAGUGUUUUAAAUGUGCU